AUGAUUGAAAAUACUGAGUCUCUAAAAAAAUUAAAAAUACUUAACCUCUACAAAGAGAGUAUAAAAAGCUUGUUCAAAUUCUAUUAUGUUAUCAUGGCGUUCUUUAUUGCUUAUGCAAUCACAGCUUUUAUUUCUUCAAUAAAUCUUAAGGAUAAAUACGAUUUUUAUGAGAACCUAUAAACCAUUAUAAUAAUAUUAGUUUCUUAUACAAUUUUUUUUAAAUUUUUGGGAUUUUAUGUACUGAAAAAGAAAGAAUUAACUAAUGGUAUAUUUUUAUUAGUAUUUCUAAUCUUCAUUACUACUAAUGUACCUCCUGUCAUAUAGCUUGUAAGUUUUCUUGAAGGAUCUUUUGAAAAGUAUUGUGGCUAUCUAAUAAGGCAUGAUGGAUAUGUUUCACCAAAUACUAUUACUUAUUAUUUAGAAAGGAAUUAUCCUAGUUGCAGUCAAUUAGAAGCUCAAGGUAAUAUACAAGAAUAGAUUAAAUAUUACUCUUUUUAGAUUAUUAUCAAAUAAUGUUCUUAUCGCAGAGCUGUUGAUAGUUGUUAUUAAUUUGAUACUCUUAAAGUUGAUAAUUGGAAUGAUAUGUUUGUGGUAUAAAUUGUGAGCUUUUGUUUAGCCUGUAUCUAGAUAUUUAGUACUACAGCAUUUUUACUAAUACUUAAAGGUAAACAUGUGUAAGCUACUUAAAAAGCUGAGCAAGAAAUAAGACAAAAUUUGUUAAAUUAGUCUUGUUAGAGUUAAGUUUCCUAAUUUUAAUAGCCAUUUUACCAAUAAAUUCAGCCUUAAAAUCCUUAGUUUAUAAAUUAUUAACCUAACAUUUAAAGUAGUUUCUAAGUUUAUAGUGAUUAACAACUCAAUUUCCAUCAUCCUAUAAAUGUUUAAAAUCCUUAAAUAUAAAACUAAAAUCAAACUUACAUUGUGGGUUAACCAAUAAAUUCUUGA